AUGAUUAUUUCAACGACCAUUGCCAGUGCUAGUAGUAAUUAUUAUGGUGGCGGUUUUGAUGGAAAUGGUGGGAUUUUUUUAAAUGUUAUAGAGAAUUGUCUGGUUGGAUUCAAAUAUUUAUACGACUUCCAUUGGAACUUGAUGGAUGAUGAUUUGUUGGGAUUGUAUAAUGAGAAAGGUGUAUUUUUAUUAGCUGAAACUGAUUAUUUGAUUGCAAAGUCUGUUAAAAAUUGGUAUGAAAAUAAAAUUUCUCAAUUAUCAUUUAAAGAUUCGAUAAAAAUGUCGUCAUCAUCAUCAUAUCCAUACAUCCGUAAAUAUGCGCCGGCGACCACAACAGCAUGGACACAAAAGCAAACGGAAUUACAAGCAGGCUAUUGA